GAUGCUUACAGUGUGUCAUGUUAGCUGAGGAGUUGCAGCGCGUACGAGUGGUGUCAGAUUCUCCGGUUAAUUUCGUAAAAUUCGCAGUUUAUUUCUGCGUUGAUAUCUGUUCCGCCGCCGCGUGGGGAAGCACUCGGAGCUCCGAGGGGCCUCCGUGUUGUCAAAUCCCGGAAUAAUCGCUGUCAGAACGACCACCGUGUCGCUGAUGUCAUCUCGCGGCGGAGCCGUAGCGAUCUUCAAUUUGCAGAGAAGACCGACAUAAACAAAGACUGGUUUCUGGGGGCCGCUGCUUCUUCCGCGUGUGUUUUUGUUUCUAACCGACAACCGCGGCGACGAUGGGACCUUCGCUGCGCGCGCUCCUGCUUCUCUCCUUCUCCGCCCUCGCGGCCGCUACGGAUUUCCAGCCGGGGGCGAAAGCCUCCGGGCGCUCGUUUCUGAAGCGGGCGCACGCCGAGCAGAAAGCGGCGAGCAUCAUAAGGAGGUCCCUGCCCGCGUGGCUGUCUCCGCCGCGGAGCCACGCGACCCGACGCAGGAGGAGCGUCGAGCUGGGCGAAAACUGCAAAGCCCUUCAAGGAUAUGACGCCAAGUUAGCAGGCAACACCCACAGUUAUAUCUUCAAUGACCUGAGUGGGUCGGUGUCGCUGGCCUGGGUCGGGGAUGGCACAGGGGUCAUCCUGGCUUUGACGACUUUUCGGGUGCCCUUCUUCAUGUUGAGGCUCGGGCAGUCUAAACUCUAUCGAAGUGAGGACUAUGGGAAGUCUUUCGAGGAUGUGACCAGUCUCAUCAACAACACCUUCAUCAGAUCAGAGUUUGGCAUCGCGAUCGGGAACUCUGGGAAAGUGAUCCUGACGGGAGAAGUGUCCGGAAGCUACGGAUCUCGGAUCUUUGUCUCCCACGACUUUGGAAGGAGCUUCACCCCUCGGGACUUGGCCUUCGUCCCCAUGAUGCAGAUCACGUACAGCCCCGAUGAUUCCAAUGCGCUGCUCGCCCUCAGCAGCAGCAAUGAACUGUGGCUGUCGGAAGAUUUUGGCAACAACUGGAAAAAGAUUCACGACAUGGUGUGUCUUGUGAAAUGGGGAAGAAAAAAUACCAUCUUCUUUACAGCCAAUUACAACGGAUCCUGCAAUGAUCGGGGAAUGCUGGAACUGAAGAGGACGACCGACUACGGGAAAAACAUCAAGACAGUCGCCAGUAAGAUCUACUCCUUCGGCCAGGGAGGACGCUUCCUGUUUGCUUCGGUUAUGACGGGCAAGGGCACUCUGAGGAUGAUCCACGUGUCAGUGGACCAGGGGGAGACGUGGAACAUGGCCCAGCUGCCUCCUGUUGGCCACGAGCAGUUCUACUCCAUCCUGGCGGCUAACGAUGAAAUGGUCUUCAUGCACGUGGACGAGCCAGGAGAUACGGGAUUCGGCACCAUUUAUGUUUCAGACGACCGGGGCACAGUGUACUCCAAGUCCCUGGAGCGCCACCUUUACACCACCACGGGGGCCGAUACUGACUUCACCAACGCCACCUCCCUGCGAGGAGUCUUCCUCACCAGUGUGCUCGCCAAAGAUAAAUCUGUGCAUUCUGUGGUGUCCUUUGAUCAGGGAGGAGAGUGGGUCCCCCUGCGGAAACCUGCCUACAGCAAGUGUGAUGCUACAGCCGGAGACCCAGACAAGUGCAGUCUCCACAUCCAUGCAGCUUACAGUAUCGCUAUGAAGCUGAACGUCCCCAUGCUGCCUCUCACUGAACCGAAUGCUGUGGGUCUCAUCUUGGCUCAUGGGAGUGUUGGUGAUUCGAUGUCAAUGAUGGAGCCAGAUGUGUAUGUGUCUGAUGAUGGGGGGUACACCUGGAUUAAGGCCCUGGUUGGGCCCCAUCACUACGCUAUUCUGGACUCUGGAGGGCUGAUUGUUGCCGUGGAGGACAGGCCCAAUCGACCUAUCAGCGAGAUCAAAUUUUCUACCGAUGAAGGACAGUGCUGGGGUGUUUACAACUUCACCAAAGACCCCAUCUACUUUACCGGGCUGGCGUCGGAGCCGGGAGCUCGCUCCAUGAAUGUCAGUGUGUGGGGCUACAGGGACUCCCUCCUCAGCCAGUACUGGAUCUCCACCACCAUCGACUUCAAAGAGCUUCUUACCAGAGACUGUGGCGAACAUGAUUACGUGCAGUGGUUGGCCCACUCGGAUGACAUCAGUGACCCCGACGAUGGUUGCAUGCUGGGGUACAAAGAGAAGUUCUUGCGUCUCAGGAAGGACUCUGUUUGCUGGAAUGGACGCCAUUACCAGGUCACCACCCAGCCAACCCUGUGUCAGUGCACCCUGGAUGACUUCCUGUGUGACUUUGGCUACUACCGUCAGGAGAACAGCUCGGAGUGUGUGGAGCAGCCAGACCUGAAAGGCAAAGUGCUUGAGUUCUGUCUGCACGGCAAAGAGGAGCAGCUGCAGACCAGUGGCUACAGGAAAAUCCCCGGAGAUAAAUGUGAGGGAGGAAAGAUGCCGGAGCGCAAAGAGAUCGACCUCAGCGUGAGGUGUGUGAGUGACCUGGUGGCCCCCGAAUUCCAGAUUGUCAGUCGCUCCUCCAAGUCAGUGGCCAUUGUGAUAACGGUCAUCGUCGUCAUGCUGCUGAGCGUCGCAGCAGGAGUUGUCUUCAUCAAGAAGUACGUCUGUGGUGGCAGGUUCUUGGUUCACAGGUACUCAGUGCUGCAGCAGCAUGUCGAAGAUAAUGCUGCUGAUGGGAUGGACGACCCCCUGGAGACCAACCACACGCAAAACGGCAAGAUAGAGUUUCACGACGACUCAGAUGAGGACCUGCUGGAAUAGCAGGCACAGCCUGUCGUGCUACUGAGCAGCAGGUUUCCAUUUCACCCCGAGGCCGGACCCUGCUCCUCUCGCUCUUUUGUCUCCAGCUACUUCUUCUUUUCACCUCCCAUUAUGAACUUUGACCCACCAGACAAAGAGUCUGGUGGGUCAAAAUAUAAGAUGACACUCUGCGCUCAUCUGUGAGAUCUAAUGAAUGUACGGAGGCUUCCUGGGACUAAGGCCACAGUCGAAGAGGACUGGUUGUGCUUCAGUUAUUGAUUAUGUUUGGGACUCAAAGUUAUUUAUUCCAAGGUACAAAAAAUGUGUGCAGUAAUUUGAACAGCUGACAUUACAAGAGUAAUGGGUUUUGAAGCAGGGCUAGUUAUAUAAAUCAACCACCAUUGCAUUAAGGGUUACGCCUCCCAUCACUUGGGAGCAUUCAUGGAAAUACUUCUCACUUCUGUCGGAGAUCUGUGUCCUUUUUUUCUCUCAUGAAAUUGUACAUAAACUGUUUUUUCUUCGCCAUUUCUGACGUGGUAUGACUUUUGUAGGUGUAAAAAAGGUUGCUGUUGGUUAAUAACUCUCCCAAAACCAUUUGAGUCUUAAUACCUACUUUUAACAAAGUAGUUGUUUGUCGGAAAGUUUACCCCAUACAGCCCAAAGUAUGUAAAUUCUGUGGGCACUGAUUUGUGAAAUCCCUUAUUGUAGUUUGUGUUUGGAAUACAAGCCAGCUUACUUUUACUGCAUGGAAUUUAGAGCCACGGUUUAAGUAAUAAGAUGCACGUGGAAAUGUCCAUUUUGCAUUAGUUUUGAUAGCAAUAACAAUGUUUGGAUUCAGUAAAUUGUUAAUUAAUCCUCAAGGCACAUUUGGUGAGUGGGGAUGUCAUCGCGUGGAACACGUUACACAUUACAAUGCAUUGGGGGGCAAAGUGUGUCGGUUUCAAGACAGGAUUUGUUGUAAAAACAAAAAUGUAAAUCUGCAGUUCUAACUGCCCAAAGCACAAGGUCCUUUGUACGCUUAGUUAGUAGUUAAUGGUUUCAACGUGAUAAGACCGUAACAAUCACUUUAGUCAUUAACAAGUUGAGUUUAAAGUCAUUUGAGCAGUUUUUGUACCAACGAGAUUUUGAAAUUGUGGUUCAAAGAUGUUCACAAAUCACGGAAAUAAUUAUAGUUUCAUAGUAUGUAGCUGCAGAUAUUUUUACACCCUAUUCAACUGAAUACAUCAAUAUGAUUUGACGACAGAAGCAUAGGAGCAAUAAGAAGAAAUUCAAUCAUGUAAAUGUUGUACAGCAUAAAGUGUAGCCUUUUAGAGCUAACAGACGUGGUUGUUGGGACUGUUUUUAAUUGAUAUUUGAACCUGAGGUGAAGCAAAUUCCCACAAAAAACAGGGGUUUUGCAUUUCAGUGAACUGCUGUUUGUUCUUUUCAAUAAUCUUAAUACUGCUGUGAUUUUAAAGCUAAACGGUCUCGAGGUCUGUCUCGUCUAUCAAGUCUUGUUUUUUUUCCCCCCAAACAUUUCUUGUACAAUCGUCUGUCUUGUGUUGAAUUUGUUGCUUACAUGCAGGACUUUAGUUGAUUCAGAGUACGGUAAAUUGGAUGUGGUUCUACAAGUGCCUGUUGUGAGGACGUGAUGCGAGGCCAGCAUCUACGAUUCAUAUCAAGUGUAACCAGUUCCCUCCAAAAUGUCAUCGACGCCCUCAAGUUGCACUUGUGCUUCAUGCAAACUCCCAUUGAACUGCAUGUUAACUCUUACGGUUUAAAUCCACAGACAAGUCAAGUCCACAAUAACCUGAUGAUUCUUUCAUGUCUUGGUACGAUGCAUAAUUCUGACUGGUGAUAUUAAAAACCAUAGUGGAUACACGGUUUUUAUGUAGUUAUACACUGGGAGACGCUCGCAAGUUACAUAUAAUGGUUUAUUGCAUUAAGUGAAUAACACAUUUCUUACGGUUUAAAAUUGCUGUAUAAAAUAAGUCCUUGUGAUGGUUCUGUAAAUAUACGUAUAUUUGAGACCAUUUUCUUUUGGUUUGGCAAUAAAUUCAUACGUUCCUCUA